AUGGGCAGCGCGGACCUGACGGGCGUCGAUAAGCCGCCCGAACGCGCCUCGUACUUAACCAGAGACGAUUUCGCCGCGGCGGCGCGCGAGUGGAUCGCGACGGUGACCCGGCGCGUGCAGAAACUGAUUCGGCAGGCGGGCGGCGGAGGCAAGGGGCGCGGGUCCAGCAAAAGGAACAGCGCGCGCGGGAACACCCCCCCUGUUGAGGUCAGGCUGCAGGGCGGCAGGAAGCAGCACCAGUGUGGCACGAGGACGGCACGACCAGAGGACGGCACAAGGACGGCACAAGGACGGCACGAGGGCGGCACAGGACGGCACAAGGCCCACAGGGGGGCAGCACGGGGGUGGAAGCUAGCAUGGAGGGUGGAGCGCUGCUGCUGGCGUGGGUGCUCUGCAAAUUCUUCCUUCUCUCACUCUCCUACCCCUCACUCUCCCCCUCCUUCUCUCCCCCCUGCCCUCCCCUUCCUGACCCUCCCCCUCCUCCCGCCGCCAGACCGCAGUCUGGGGUACGUCCCCCCCACGACCAAGGACCUCAAUCCCGCCAAGCUGCCCAAUCUCAACACCGUCUCGCGCUACCUCACCGUGGGUCUCACGCUCGACCCCGCCUCGCAGAAGCUCUCUUGGGAUUUCAAGCGCUUUGUGGACCACCGCUCGCUGUAUAAGGCCGAGGACGGGUUCGACCAGGGCAACUGCGGUUCCUGCUGGGCGCACGCGGUAGCGCGGGCGAUUCAGGGCGCGUAUGCUCUCUUCACAGACACGGACACGUUCCCCACGGGGACUGCGCUGUCCGUGCAGCAGCUGGUGGACUGCACGGGCGCUGCUGCCUCGUGCCGGGGGGGGUACCCCGAGGCUGCCCUGCAGUAUGCUGUUAAGAACGGGUUGCAGAGCGAAGAGGGUUAUUCGUACACUGGUGUCAACGGCAAGUGCAGCGUCAACAAGGAGGCUGUGAGUUUUGAGUCGAGUCAAAAGGUGCCUUCUCGGUACCCCGAGGCUGCCCUGCAGUAUGCCGUGAAGGGCGGGCUGCAGAGUGAAGAGAGCUACGCGUACACGGGGUUCAACGACAAGUGCGGCGUCAAGAAGGAUGCGGCCGUGCAUGUCUCAUGCUCCCUCUUCCUCACCCAACUGCGCUUUCCCUCCCUUACCACUCCUCGCCCCUCGCCCCUGCAAUGCUUGUACACUGCUCCCUCAAUCCUUACCAACCCUUCCCUCCAACCCCUCUCUCCCUCCAACCCCUCCAUCCCUCCAACCUCUCCCUCCCUCCAACCCCUCCCCUCAGGUCUGAGGAUAAGUGCAACGUUUGGACGUACGAGGAGGUGCCACUACCAGGACCGCUUCACCCCUUCUCACCCCGUUCCUAGCAUGCUGCUCCGGUUCCUACCGCCCCUCACCCCUCUCCACCGCUCUCAGGAGAAGUGGAGCAUCUUGAUGUACGAGCAGGUGCCACUGCCGGGGCCACUGGGGCUCAUUCUCGCGCUGCAGAAGCAGCCCGUCAUCGUCACCAUCCGCGCCUCUGCGCAGGACUUUAUUGACUACUCGGGAGGCAUUUUCGAGAGCUGGAACUGCUAUAGCCCCGUGGGGAAAGUCUGGGGGAGCGAAGGCUCAGGGCUGGGGGCGACGGCGACAGCCACCAACAACACAGGCCUCCUAGACCACGUGAUGCUGGCCGUGGGGUAUAACUAUGAGGAGCCGGACAGCGGAGGCAACUACUUCAUUCUGAAGAACAGCUGGGGGCCGGACUGGGGCGAGGGCGGGUACAUGAGGAUACUCAUGGAGAGCGGGCCGUUUGGCACGUGUGGCAUGCUGGUCAACCGCGGGCUGUACCCUGUUGUUAGAGGGGCCUUAGAGGGCUCUAGUACCCUGAUGCGCGUGUUUGCCGUGGUGGAAAUCCGCCAUGCUGUUGGGCACGUGCGGUUUGGCACGUGCGGUUUGGCACGUGCGGUUUGGCACGUGCGGUUUGGCACGUGCGGUUUGGCACGUGCGGUUUGGCACGUGCGGUUUGGCACGUGCGGUUUGGCACGUGCGGUUUGGCACGUGCUGUUUGGCACGUGCUGUUUGGCACGUGCUGUUUGGCACGUGCUGUUUGGCACGUGCUGCAUGCGAGCUGACAAGCGAGGCAGCGGCAGUCACAUCUGGCCCCCUCUCUCCCCCCCACUGUCCGACUCUUCCCUCCAUUCCAGAGUCCCCUCUCUCCUGUCUCCUUUCACCCUGCCCCGUUCUCCUUCCCCCCUCUCACGUUCUCCUUUCCCGCUCCCCCGUUUUGCUUUCCCCCUCCGCCGUUCUCCUUUCCCCCUCUCCCUAUCCCACACCGCCUCGCCAGCCCUCCAGAGCACGGACCCCUACAGCACAGCGCCCUGUGAGGGAGGCACAUGCGUGGUGGACAAGAGAGACAGCAGCGAGUACACGUGUGUGGGGGACAAGAAGAACCCCUGCAGCACGGCGCCAUGUGGGGGGGGCACGUGUGAGGCGGACCCGAGUGGCAACGGCAAGUACACGUGUCAGUGCUCGGACCUGCUGGUGCCAGCUGUCAACCGCGACGGCACUCCCACCUGCACCAUCAUCGACGUUUGCAGCAUUCUCCCCACCAACCCGUGUGCCGUGGGGCAGUGCAUCAACAUCGGCGACGGCGGCUACUCGUGCCUCUGCCCGCCCAACUACAAGCCCAGCACUCUCGCCUCUGGCCAGACCACCUGCGUGCCUGAGAUGUCUGGGAGCAUGGCAGCAGCGGUGCAGGGCACGUACACAGUGCAGGGCGGGGAGACGUGUGGCGCCAUCUACGGCUUCAUCGGCCUCACCCAGGAGCAGUUCCUCGCACAGAAUGAGGGAGUGGACUGUGACAAUCUCAAGGCGGGGGCGGUGCUCAACAUCUCCAUCCCCUCCUCGGCUCAAGUGUGCCGCGUUCACUACACUGUCACCCAGGCGGAUGCCGCAGCAAGGAGCUGUGAUCCCAUCAACACCCGCUUUGGCAUCGACGUCACGACCAUCAACCCCAGCCUUGACUGCUCAAGCCUCACACCCAACCAGCAGAUCUGCAUUCAAGUAGGAGACGCGGUGGCAGGAGCAGCGGAUUACAACCUGUGCACGGACUAUGUGACAGCCAAUCAGUGGCAGACCUGUGCCAAUGCUGUUGAGUGGUACGGCAUGACGUGGUUCGACCUCUACCGCCUCAACCCCGGCAUCAACUGCGACUCUCUCAGCGCGCUCACAGGCUCUGAGGGAGUGGCGCUAGGGGGGUGUGGCUCUGGGGGAGUGGCGCUAGGGGGGUGUGGCUCUGGGGGAGUGGCGCUAGGGGGAUGUGGCUCUGGGGGAGUGGCGCUAGGGGGGUGUGGCUCUGGGGGAGUGGCGCUAGGGGGGUGUGGCUCUGGGGGAGUGGCGCUAGGGGGGUGUGGCUCUGGGGGAGUGGCGCUAGGGGGGUGUGGCUCUGGGGGAGUGGCGCUAGGGGGGUGUGGCUCUGGGGGAGUGGCGCUAAAGGGGUGUGGCUCUGGGGGAGUGGCGCUAGGGGGGUGUGGCUCUGGGGGAGUGGCGCUAAAGGGGUGUGGCUCUGGGGGAGUGGCGCUAGGGGGGUGUGGCUCUGGGGGAGUGGCGCUAAAGGGGUGUGGCUCUGGGGGAGUGGCGCUAGGGGGGUGUGGCUCUGGGGGAGUGGCGCUAGGGGGGUGUGGCUCUGGGGGAGUGGCGCUAGGGGGGUGUGGCUCUGGGGGAGUGGCGCUAGGGGGGUGUGGCUCUGGGGGAGUGGCGCUAGGGGGGUGUGGCUCUGGGGGAGUGGCGCUAGGGGGGUGUGGCUCUGGGGGAGUGGCGCUAGGGGGGUGUGGCUCUGGGGGAGUGGCGCUAAAGGGGUGUGGCUCUGGGGGAGUGGCGCUAGGGGGGUGUGGCUCUGGGGGAGUGGCGCUAAAGGGGUGUGGCUCUGGGGGAGUGGCGCUAGGGGGGUGUGGCUCUGGGGGAGUGGCGCUAAAGGGGUGUGGCUCUGGGGGAGUGGCGCUAGGGGGGUGUGGCUCUGGGGGAGUGGCGCUAGGGGGGUGUGGCUCUGGGGGAGUGGCGCUAAAGGGGUGUGGCUCUGGGGGAGUGGCGCUAGGGGGUGUGGCUCUGGGGGAGUGGCUCUGGGGGAGUGGCGCUAAAGUCUAG